AUGUUCCAGUCACAUCAAUGCUCCACUACAUGUCGUCGACAAAACUUUUCAUUGGUGUUUGAGGAUUCUCCCAAAUCUGCUAUUUCAUCUAUGGAUGGACAGGAGUUGAAUGGGUUUAACAUCCGUGUGAACGCUGCAAAAGAAUGGCUGCCAUUGUCUUUGGAUGAGGGUGUAGAAGAAGAUGAGACGAAAGGCAACAAGAAGGUGGUGAUCCGAUCUGUAUGGAAAGAUCCAUUCGUUGAUGCAUUCCUGAUGAAGAAGACAAAUGCAGCACUCAACAGGAGAUCGACAAUUCUACCAGAGUAUGGUGAUUCGUCUGUCAGAAUUUACAAUGGCAAAACUCAUGUGCGUUGUAAGAUCACAGAUUCGUCGACUCUCAAGUUGUCUAAGUGUUCCUGGAACCUGAGGAUGAUCUAG